AUGGCUGAGGCAGUUUUUGAGUGUUUAAUUAAAUCUGUUAGUCAGGAAGAAAUUAUAGCUGCAGAUGUAGAAACUGCUAUUCAGAUCCGUUUAUCAAAAGACAUCGAAAAAGAUAAUGGCAUGAAAAGGCAGUCAUUCGUAAUGGCAGCCGAUGGAUCGAUUCCGCGUACCGAAUACAAAUCGGUUGAUUCUAAUGAAAAUUUUGUCGACGCCCCGCAUGCUAUUAGUGAACAAUCUGUUUUGAAACCAUGGUCCAUGAAGGGUCACGCCGACUUGGCUAAUGAGCUGAUUCAAUCAAGCGGUUUCGACAGCUUGAAAACGAUUUCUCCCGACGAAACAUCAAAUAAUGAUUCUUUCACAUAUCAAAGGACUCCAGAAACAUUCAAAACAAAAUUUAGUCUUUCACUGAUAGAAAAACGAGAUCCCGAUAGUCAAAAGUUGCUUAACAAUGAAUCACUCAAGGAAUUACUAGCUGCUGCUUCAACAAUCUAUGGACAUCAUAAUUCAGGUGUUAUGAUGCAAAGCAAUAUUUCAGAUGAAACAGAAACUGAGCCCUCUACUUCAACACCAAUGCUGACGUGUAAAGAACAAAAUAAACUACGACUUGAGCAACUUCAACAACGAGUUGCGUCUGUAACAGCUCCUCUUAAUAGCAUGCUGGGGACAAAAAUCGAAACAUCGGGCGAAUCAUCGACUGAUCUCGAUCUGGAAAGCGUUGCAGUUGUUGAAAGUUCCGAGGUGGUACCAACUAUAAUUUUACAAAGAGCUUCAAAUACAUUAAAGUCGAUACAUGUAAAUAAUGGUAUUUUGAAUGCUCCUGUUUUUGGACGAAAACUUGCCAAGGACUUAAUGAGUUCUACCAUAUCUGUUCCUUCCAAGACUGCCAAAAAAGAAACAGCAUUACGUAAACCAUAUGACAAGAGUUCUAAAAAAGAAAUGAUCAAGCUGCAGAAUAACCUCAGAAAAGGACAACGGUUAGAAAGUUCAAGAUUUGUGCGUGUAACAAGCUGUAAAUAUAUGUAUGAUUUGAUGUUUGGAAUCGGAAAAGUUUUGCGUGAAAGUGGUGGCGGCGUCCCGCUGAUGAUAAACCCUGGAUUACGGUGCAGUAAAAAUCGAAAAUUUUCCGAUUGCACCAACAGCCUUCGCAUACUCUUGUGCGCGAAAAUGGCUGCUGUUCAGACACGUUUCCCAAACCUGGAGCCAGUUUACAUCACUGCACUAUUUUAA